AUGCGGCUGCUUCCUGCGCUUUUCGCCUUUUCAGAUGCGGGAAGAAGGAAUUGGCUGCGCAACUCGCAGCGCAAUUUGGGCAGCUUCAUGUCCGAUGUGCAGCAGAACUGCGGUGCCCCUUCCGCUGCUUCGAACAGAUGGAUGGGCAUGCUUGGCGAAAAGAUCGUCGGCGGCCAGAGCAUUUUCGACGAGAAGGCCUGGCCCUGGCUCGUCUCCAUCGACGGCAACUGCGGAGGCUCCCUCAUUGACGACAGACACGUCUUGACCGCCGCCCACUGCGUCGAUUUAUCAGUUUGGUCAACUCUCUUGUCAAUAUGA